CGUGACCAGAUCGCCAUCGCGAUGAGGGUGAAUGAGAACACUGCUCUGGUUGGGAAGACCGUAGUCCUCGUUCCGUAUAGACAGGAACAUGUACAGACCUACCAUGAAUGGAUGAAGGAUCCGGAUCUUUUAAACUUGACAGCAUCCAUGCCGCUCACGCUGGAGCAAGAGUAUGAUAUGCAACGCAGCUGGCAUCUGGACGAAGAUAAACUCACCUUCAUCGUUCUCGCUCGAUCUUCCCUUCAGAUCGGUUCCGAUGCACUCACGGCAGAAGACACAUUAAGAAUGAAAAUGAUUGGCGACGUGAACAUGUUCUUCAAGGAUGAGCGUGAAGUAGAAUGUGAGAUAAUGAUUGCGGAGCGCGAGUACCGUCGGAAAGGGUGCGCGCUGGAAGCGCUCAGGCUCCUUCUACGUUACGUCACUUCGGAUAUGAAAGGAUCGGAAAUGUCCAGGCAAUCUUCCCCACAUCUUCCUAUAGACCCUAAAUCCCUUCUGGCCCGUGUUGGGGCCUCGAACGAGCCAUCUAUCGCUCUUUUCCGCAAGCUCGGGUUCUCAACGAGCAAAUACGUUGAGGUGUUCGACGAAGUGGAGAUGAGAUUUGCCUGGGAUCCAGACACAUCGCAACCCAAGGAUGUGGAUAAGUGGAUGUCCUCCUGGGCUGAAGAAGGAAAUGAAGACGCAAGAGAGCUGCGUAAAUUGUUGAUUUGAUAUGAAUCUGAAGAAUCGGCGCACGUGACAAGUCCGACGCCCACGCAUCACAGCCUGUCCGCUGCGGAAGGAAUGGAAUCCUCCUGGCUCCGGCCUCACUGGGCGACGUUUAAGAGAGGUCUCCCCCUUCUGUAUCCUCCAGGAGAGGCGCUAUCUGCGGUGAUGCAAAGCUCUUCCGUUCUGGCGCCACAUGACCCAAUGCCCGCGUCCACAGCACCAGCAACGUCAAAUCGGCCUCCGUUGCUGAGGCUCCCUGUUGAGCUUAUGCAGAAAAUCUCGUUUCAGUUACUUGUGGAGGUUCAUGGGCAUGUUGUAGAGGCUUUCGACUUGGCAAGCUUCUCUUCAACAUGCAAGGACAUCAGGCUCCUG